AAGCUGCCCUAUGGGCAUUUUGGUCUGAUAAUAACUCUUUUGAGAAAGGUGUACUUGCUGCUGUGAAUCUCGGUGAUGAUACUGAUACAACGGCUGCCAUUUAUGGGCAAUUAGCUGGUGCAUACUAUGGAUACAAAGAACUUCCUAGAAAAUGGGUAGAACAUGUAUAUGCUAAGGAAUUCAUAUUAAACUUGAGUAAAUGGAUAGUACAAGAAGGAAAAGACUGGAAACAAACGAAUGUAAUUCUUCCAUCUCAUUCGUUUUCAGUUGAUAAACCUGCAUCGAAUGAAAUAGAAACACCAUGUGCUCGACGUACGCCUAGAUCGAAUUCAACUUUGCCAUCACAAGAAAAUGAAAGAUACUUGAAUGAUUCGGCUAGUAAUCGAAAUUUGCCUGAUUGUGAUAACACCACUGAACCGGAGUUAUUGAAUCAACCUCCAAUGCUGGACAGUGAUGCAAGUACAACAUGCACACAGUCAAAUCAAGACGCUGCCAAUGUCGUUAUGACUUCGAAAGAUACCUUGCAUUUAUAA